UGUCAAAGUUUUUUCUGAUUAGCAAUGGAAUACGUCAAGAACAAACCGGUUGAAUCUAUUGACGUUGAUGAACAGCAGAAUGACAUAGACUCUGGAAGAACCUCAUUCGAGAAGAGCUUUGAGGAAGCUAUGAAAGAAUCGUUUGAUUUGAGUGGAAGGCGUUCUUCUUCCUAUGACCCUAAUGAUCCUGAUAAGGAAUAUGUUCCACCCCGAAAGUUAGGCUGGUUUAUGUUAUUUUUCCUGAUGUGUGGAUAUAUGGUUGGUGUUGGUGUUUUAUCUAUUCCAAGUGCAUUUGAAACACUUGGUUGGGUUGGUGGAGUGUUUGUAUUGACUUCAGCUUAUCUCAUUACUACGGCCACGGGAUACUUUUUAUAUUAUAUGGCUAAGAGAUAUCCCACAGUUCGGAGUUAUGCCGCGAUGAGUAGGAGAUUAUGGGGAAAGCCUGCAAUGUAUUUCACUGCAACUAUUGCCUACUCAUAUUUCUUUGGUCUUGUGACAUCUGACUUAUUGACUGCAACUUUGACUUGGAAGAAUAUGUUGAAUAAGUAUCAUAUAUGUACUGUUGUAUUUUUUGUCAUUUCUUAUGCCAUGAUUUGGAUCACUGGACAAGCGAGAAGUCUUUUUGAGGUAUCUUACAUAGUUCUUAUUGCUAUUCUUUUCAUAUUGGUACCUAUUGUUAUUGUUUGUGCAAAGUCUCCUUCCAUUGGUAACGGUUUGGGUAAGACCUAUGCGACUUCAGAUACUUCAUUUUAUCAAGGUCUUACAGCCAGCAUGGAUAUUAUAUUUGCUUUUACUGGUCAUAUGAUUUAUUUUGAGUUUAUGGCAGAAUUGAAAAAUGUGGAUGACUUUCGUAUUUCGUUGUGGCUUUCUCAGACUUUUAGUUAUGCCUGUUAUUUGACAUUGGCAGCAGUUGCCUACUAUUAUUUAGGACAUACUGGAAAGAUGGAAAGCCCUGUGACGCUUGUUAUCAAACAUGGUCCUAUACACUAUGUGAAUGACGUAUUUUUGGUUAUUCAUGUGACUAUUACUUGUACUAUUGCGGGUAAUGUGUUAAGUCGUGUAGUUCAAUGGACUUUUCAGCCUUUGUUGGUUGGAGGUUUGCGCAAGUUUAAAGAUACUGGCGUGGCUAAUCGUUUAUGGUGGUUCCUCUGGACUGGAGUUACUUAUGGAGCUUCCUUUGUAGUCGCAGGUCUCAUUCCUUUCUUUUCAUCUUUCAUUGGAAUUAUGACUUCUUUGUUCUCCUCCUUUUUAACUUUUAUGGUUCCUAGUGCUUAUUAUUUUUGGGAGUUUUGGCAUGAAACACGUUGGUAUCAAAAGAUGCUUCCUUUGUUAUGUUUUGUGGUUGGUUUUCUUAUUCUUACGCUUGGAAGCUAUGGCACUUUUAGAAGUUUGGUAGUUGCUAUAGAACAUUCAGGGAAGCCGUUUAGUUGUCAUCGGAAAUAUUAAAAUGUUGAAAUGCACAUAUACUUUAUGAUUGAAAAUAAAAACUUGUGUGAAAUU